AUGUCUAUCUCAGCUGUUGACUCCCGCAUCUUUCGGAACCUCUUUGGCACAGAGGAGGUUCGUGAAAUCUUUACAGAUGAAGCGUAUGCGAAAUUCCUGGUACAGACGGAAGCAGCCCUGGCUCGGGCAGAGUCCAAAGUCAAUGCUAUUCCAGCAGAGGUUGGCGAUGCGAUCACCGCAGCUCUUGGUAACAUCGAACUAGACUUUGAGAGGCUCUCUCGAGAGACCGAAAUUGUCGGAUAUCCUGUUCUACCUCUGGUGGUGCAGUUGGUGGAGAACACUCCUGAAGAGCUGGCGAAAUACAUUCAUUGGGGUGCCACCACGCAAGAUGUCAUGGACAAUGCCAGCAUGCUUCAGAUCAAAAGAGGCUUGGAUUUGGUGAAGCGCGAUCUGAACAGACUGAUUGAGAUUUUGCAAGGGAUGGCGCAAAAAUACCGUGACACUCCAAUGGCCGGCCGUACGCACUUGCAACAUGCCUUGCCUUGCACCUUUGGCUACAAGUGCGCCGUUUAUCUCUCUAGCAUCCUGAGACACAGAGACCGGCUUUGUGAAAUCGAACGUCGAUGCCUCCUGGUACAGUUUGGUGGUGCAGCGGGGACUCUGGCCUCUCUGGGUAGUGAUAGGACCGGGAUACUUGUGCGAGCACAGUUAGCUAAAGAGCUUGAUCUGGAAGACCCGAUGAUCACGUGGCAUGUCGCUCGUGACAAUAUUGCAGAGGUUCUCAACUUUCUGGCACUGGUAGGUGGUACCCUGGGGAAGAUUGCUUUGGACAUCAUCGUCAUGUCAUCCAAUGAGCUAGACGAGGUGGCAGAGCCUUUCGUGCCACAUCGCGGCGCCUCCUCAACCAUGCCGCAGAAGCGGAACCCCAUCUCCAGCGAGAUCAUUCUCGCUACAAGCAAGCUUCUCCGAGCCAAUGCAUCCUUGGGAUUGGAUGCUAUGGUUGUCGACUUUGAACGUGCGUCUGGGCCGUGGCAUCUGGAGUGGGUGGCAAUCCCGGAGUCCUUUACAUACGCAGUUGGCGCUUUGCAUCAGAUUACUUUUGCUUUAUCAGGACUAUGCGUGAAAGAAGACUCCAUGGAGAAAAAUCUCCACUCUACAAGGGGGUUGAUUGUCGGGGAGGCCGUAAUGAUGGGGCUGGCGCCGUUCGUUGGCCGACAACGAGCACACGACGUGGUCUAUGAGGCCUGCAAGUCAGCGAUUGAACAUGAUCGAGUGUUGUUAGACGUGCUUAAGGAAAAUAAAGAGGCAUCAGAGCAUUUGAAUGAGACCAAGCUGACCCAAUUGUGCGAUCCAUUGAAUUAUCUCGGGUCCGGUCAGCUCAUGGUUGAUGACGUUCUGAGAAGAGUCGCUGAGGGAAGGCGAGGCUGA